AUGGCUGCCGCGCGCCGUCGGUGGGCGGAUAUGAUCGACACAGAAGACGAGACCGAAGGUGCAGAGGACGACAGUCAGUUGCGAAAAGACGUCGCGGCCUUCGUGGACGAGUUCAUGGGCCCGAGCGCCGGCUCGCGGCUCUUGACCUUGGCCCUACUGCAGGCAGACCUGCAGCGCCGCUGCGUGGGAUGGACGUUCCCAUGCCGGGGGUGGCGCUGGUGCGUCUACGAGGCGCCGCUGACCUUGCUGGCGGAGAUUUCUGUCUUUGUGAGCUUGGUGGGGCAAACUCUUCCGAGCGAGCGCGCGUGCAAUCGGCGUUUUCGCAAGAUGCUUUCCCGCUGGCAAAGCCGGCUGCGUCUAGCUGCCUUGGACUGUCAACACGCCCGCGCGCCCAGCGCGCCGUGCCAACAAUGCAAAGCGGUUAAGCCUUUCGACUACUUCGCGGACGCCCAGUGGGACAAAGCCAGAGCCAACCUGCCUGCCACUUGUCUGACUUGCAUUCAUAAGGAUGGAGGCGCCUGCAAGCGCAAACUGCCUUCCAAUGUUGAGCGGCUGCGCUGCAUUGGCUGCGGCUUCGAGAAAGUGGAGCACGCGUUUCCCCGAGCUCAACUUCGGCAGCCUCGUGCAGAAGAAAGGCGAAAUUGCAUCGCGUGUUUGAAGAACGUCUCGGAGUUGACUUGCUCGCAAUGCGCAGAGGUGAAGCCGCUGAAGGAGUUCCACCUAUCUGCGUUGACGCUGCCGUGGGCGGCCGCGUGUCAAAGUUGCCAGGACGCGGUGCGCGGCAAGGCUCGUCGGCUCCGGGCCGGAUGGGAGAAGUGCCGAGGCUGCGCGGCUUUUCUGCCCACGUCUUCUGCCGUCUACAUCAACCAACGCUGCCCCAACUGCGCGGCAGAUCGCAAACGGGGCGAACGUACUUGUCUCAGAUGCAAGAGGAAAUGGAGCGAGAAUUCGGCGGAAGAACAGAUCCGCAAACGAUUCUGCCCGAAUUGCCGCUAG